GGGCCGGCUGCCACGUGGGAAAGAAGGCCCCCUGCGCGAGCCGGCGCCGUUCCCGCGUUCCCGGUCCUCAGCUUCCCGGCCGGCUGUCCCCUGGCUCCCGACCCCAAGCGUCUCUGCCCCCAGGGCCCGGAAGUAGGCCGUCAUGGCCGAGGUGAAGGUGAAAGUGCAGCCGCCCGACGCGGAUCCGGUCGAAGUAGAAAACAGGAUUAUAGAAUUAUGUCAUCAGUUCCCUCAUGGAAUUACAGACCAAGUAAUUCAGAAUGAAAUGCCUCAUAUAGAAGCCCAGCAGCGGGCAGUUGCCAUCAAUAGACUGCUAUCCAUGGGUCAGUUGGAUCUCUUAAGGAGCAAUACAGGCCUUCUGUAUAGAAUAAAGGAUUCUCAGAAUGCUGGCCCUGUCUCAUUCUUUUUAAGUAAAAUGAAAGGAUCAGAUAACCAAGAAAAACUAGUAUAUCAAAUCAUAGAGGAUGCAGGAAAUAAAGGAAUAUGGAGCAGAGAUAUCCGAUACAAAAGUAACUUGCCAUUAACAGAAAUUAACAAAAUUCUAAAGAAUUUGGAAAGUAAAAAGCUUAUCAAAGCUGUUAAGUCUGUGGCAGCCUCAAAAAAGAAAGUAUAUAUGCUUUAUAACUUGCAGCCGGACCGGUCUGUGACUGGUGGAGCCUGGUACAGUGACCAGGAUUUUGAAUCAGAAUUUGUAGAGGUGCUUAACCAACAGUGUUUUAAAUUCCUACAAACCAAGGCAGAAACAGCUCGAGAAAGCAAACAGAAUCCAAUGAUACAAAGAAAUAGUUCAUUUGCCUCAUCACAUGAAGUGUGGAAGUACAUUUGUGAAUUGGGGAUCAGUAAGGUAGAGUUAUCCAUGGAGGACAUUGAAACUAUCUUAAAUACACUCAUUUACGAUGGGAAAGUGGAGAUGACUAUCAUUGCUGCAAAAGAAGGCACUGUUGGCAGUGUAGAUGGACACAUGAAACUGUACAGAGCAGUCAAUCCAAUCAUCCCACCCACAGGUUUGGUCCGGGCCCCAUGUGGACUCUGCCCGGUUUUUGACGACUGCCAUGAAGGUGGUGAGAUUUCACCAUCUAACUGUAUUUAUAUGACAGAGUGGCUCGAAUUUUAACAGAGAACUAGGAACUUUACUGACAUUUUGCAGAUGAAGUUACUUUGGGACCAAAAAAUUUAACUCAUGAUGGAAUAUCAAAUUUCCUUGAAAGCAAACUUCACAAUAAUGGAUAGACUUGCUGCUAUGAAAAAAUAUUUUUUUAUCUAUGAAGACUAAAUUUAUAUUGGUAAGGUAGCCAACAGAAUUUGAAGCAGGUAAGGUUAAUAGUGAAAUCCAUUCUUCAAUAAAUAAAAUACUCUGAACUUCCAGAAGGCCACCAUCUGAAGCUUUUCAAGACUUUUGGUGAUUCACAGAAAAAGCAGCCAACCAAAUCCGUAUUUGCCAAACACUACAAUAAUGACUAGAGUUUAAAAUUCCCAUUUUAAAGCUAUUAAGGUCUUCAUUGGGAAACUUUAUAUCUGGUUCAUUAUUGCCAUUUGUUUUCUUUUCUCAGUGGUUUCAUUGAGAAUCAAAAGCAGUAAGGCAGGAAUAGCACUUAGAGGCACGAGUGGCGGAAAGAGUGGAACACCCCUUUCCAUACACUAUUCAUUCCUUUUUAUGUCAGAAAUAUUCUUUCAGAGGAUUAUGCCGUUGUACCUCCCUCAAAUGCAAAUGAUGACUAUUGUCAAAAAUGUUUUCAGCACAUAAAUCUGAUUAUUCUCAUCCUCAA